CAUAUUUCCGAGUCUGUGGUUGUUUGGAGAAGUGAUGGAAGUUGCUUUCAUUUCAAUUUUUGAGGAUUAAUAAUUUCUCGGAGGUGUAUAAACAUUUCAAAGGACUGUUGAGUGGAUAUAUUUAUACAUAUAAAAAUGUCUGUUGCUGAAUUUCUAAAAGGUUUGCCUUCACAUAAUGAAAAUAACUUUGCCAAUUUUCACACGGACAGUGGAAACAGAACUUGUGUAAAGAAGCCUUCAGUAUAUAUUCCCACAAAAGAUCAUCCUUCAGAACAAAUUAUAGUUACAGAAAAAACCACCAUAUUGUUAAGGUACCUCCACCAACACUGGGAUAUAAAUAAUCCUGUCAGAAAAAGAGAUUUUUUAUCUGCUAAUGGUGACUCUGAAGAUGAUGGUGGCACAGUUCGUAGUAAAAGGCUACGUCUUGAGUUGAACAAUACCAUUUAAAAUAUAUUGCACACUUUUAAUUUUCAUUACUUGUUAAACUACGUUUAUAUGUCAUGAAAAUAGGUCAUGCAAACAUCAACAUGGGACAAAUGUAAUUCUUAAAUAUUAUAAACAUAUCUAUACCUCGGAAAAAUUAUUUCAAAACGUUAUUUGAACAUUUUAAAUAUAUAAUUUAGUUUAAAUGUUGUGUAAAAUAUUGACUCUAGAAAAGUAGAAAGAACGUUUUUAAAUAAUAUUUCUUUAGAUAUGUAACAUUGUAACAAAAAACAAGAAUAACUUUUGUGUUAAUUGUAUGUUUGUAUUGCAUGCUUGAAGUUCAUUGAAAGAAGAUUCGUUGUUAGAAUAUUAAAUGACACUACGCUACAGUACACAAUUUGUAUAAGUAGCGACAUUCAUUGCUCUCUUUCGUGAUCUUUCUGUAUGACUGUUGUCGAGGGACAGGAAUGCAACUGGUGGUGCAUACAUUCAUUAAAACAGAGGAAGUAAAUAUUAAUGUCAUUUUAGUUAAGAUACAAUAUGUCAGCAUUUAUUCUGAGGUAAUUUUGUAAAUUUAUUUCACAAUACAUUAUUCAUUUUUGUACUGCA